UAACCACUGCGCCACCAGGGAAGUCCCUGACCUCUGGGUUUAGAUAAAAUAACUAAUCUUUCUUUGAUGUGACAGUAGAGCAUAAUGGUUAAGAGGGUUCUGGAGGCAAACAUGAAUGGAAGUUCUAUUCUAUCGUUUAUUAACCAUGUGACUUUAUAUGGUGGUUUUGAGGAUUAAAUGAAACUACAUAGAAAACACUCAGCACUGUGUCUAGCAGUUUUUAAUUACUAUUAUUGGGGCUGUCUUUCAAUCAUUUCAAGACUACAAUCACUCUGUUUCCUACACUCCACUCCCUAGAUCUUCCCUCAGCUUUUUCUCUAGGAAUCACAGCAAUGUUAUAUCCUCCUCACAUGAAAGGUUUGAUAUUGGAGCCAGUCAGCUUGGUUUUAUUUUUCAGCCACAGGCUGUCAAGCAGCAAGUAGCAGUGAAUUUAUGAGUAAGUAAGCCUGUACCCACACAUACACUCACACACAAAUUCCAGGUGAUCUCAGGCAGUCCAGGAAAUAGAAAAGCAUAUCCUCAAGGAAACACUGCGGUCACGUGUUGGGAAGAACAAGCUGCAUGACUUUACUGGAAUUUUUUUUUUUUAUGGCUAUAUAUGGGGGACAAAAGUAGAAAAUGUUGGGAGAUGCAGGGGAAGUGGUCUAUGAAGAGCCCCUCCAGUGAGGGAGAAUAGCCCAAGGAGUGAAUUUUUGCUAUGAUAGACAACAAAAGUCUGCUCUAGGCCAGGCAGGCCCAAUGCCCAAACACAUUGCGUUUAUAAUGGAUGGGAACCGUCGCUAUGCCAAGAAGUGCCAAGUGGAGAGGCAAGAGGGUCACUCACAGGGCUUCAACAAACUGGCUGAGACUCUGCGUUGGUGUUUGAACCUGGGCGUCCUAGAGGUGACGGUCUACGCAUUCAGCAUUGAGAACUUCAAACGCUCCAAGAGUGAGGUAGAUGGGCUAAUGGAUCUGGCCCGGCAGAAGUUCAGCCGCUUGAUGGAAGAAAAGGAGAAACUGCAGAAGCAUGGGGUAUGUAUCCGGGUCCUGGGUGAUCUGCAUUUGUUGCCCUUGGAUCUCCAGGAGCUGAUUGCACAGGCUGUGCAGGCCACCAAGAACUACAACAAGUGUUUCCUGAACGUCUGUUUUGCUUACACAUCCCGUCAUGAGAUCAGCAAUGCUGUGAGAGAGAUGGCCUGGGGAGUGGAGCAAGGCCUGCUGGAUCCCAGCGAUGUCUCUGAGUCUCUGCUGGAUAAGUGCCUUUAUACCAACCACUCUCCUCAUCCUGACAUCUUGAUACGGACUUCUGGGGAAGUGAGGCUCAGUGACUUCCUCCUCUGGCAGACCUCCCACUCCUGCUUGGUGUUCCAGCCUGUUCUGUGGCCAGAAUACACGUUUUGGAACCUCUGUGAGGCCAUCCUGCAGUUCCAGAUGAACCAUAGCAUGCUUCAGCAGAAGGCCCGAGACAUGUAUGCAGAGGAUUGGAAGAGGCAGCAGCUGGAGAGGGACCAGGCUGCAGUGACAGAACAGCUGCUGCAAGAGGGGCUCCAGGCCAGUGGGGACGCCCAGCUCCGACGGACACGCUUGCACAAACUCUCAGCCAGACGAGAAGAGCGGGUCCAAGGCUUCCUGCAGGCCUUAGAACUCAAGCGGGCUGACUGGCUGGCACGUCUGGGCACUGCAUCAGCCUGAGUGAGGCUGGCCUCCUGCCGCUUUGCCCUGCCCUCUGCCUCCAGGGCCCCACUCCCCUUUCUUUUCUUGGUGAAAGGUACCUCCCUCCUGAUGAUGAAUUGUGUUUCCUUUGCUUGGCAAGGGAGCCCCAGAGGCCAGGUUUGCUGGCCAUAGACAUCUUUGGGCUGCCUGGGACAGUGCCCCUGGAGAGGGUUGAGGGUGAGAGUCUCUCACAAGUACACGAAACCCAAACUCUGAUCCAGGUCAAACUCUGAUCACAAAUAGGUUCAGAGAGCAGAGGGCCCCAGCUCUUCCAUCUUUGCCACCUCUACCUGUACUCCUAGGUGCACUUUCUUUUUCCACCAGCACAUCCUUCAACACAAAGAAUUUCGGGGAAGAGUUCUCCCCAAAACCUUAGCCCUUUACCCAUCCAUCUUAGUCUUCACAAAAGAUGUGGACCCACCUUGGAUCUGCUGGUAAAUAGCUAAUAGGCAGCCAGUGUUAUUUAGGCAAGGAAGGGGAGGGAGAGACAGAAAGAAAAGUUGCCCAUCUGCUGCUCCUCCCCCUUGGCUGUCCACCUGGGAUUUGCUAUUGAAUCUCUACCCCCUCCCACCACACAGUGCUGACUGCUCACUGAAAGCAGCGCCCCCAAUGGUGCGCGGAAGCCAGGCGGGUGAUUACAAUCCAAUUACCUAUUGUCGACUCAGCCCACACAAGCUUUUCUCCUCUUGCAGGGCAUGGGGCCAGGCUCCACUCCCCAGUGAGACCGGUCCCCUCCAUGGCUACAGAGUAACAGAAGACCUAUAGGCCGUGGUGAAUCUAAUCCAGCACAGGCCACCUUCCCUGGAUCACAUCAGGACCAAGAGCACAGAAACAAGCACUUCUCCCAACUGACUGCCUCCUGCCCUCAGCAUCUCGGACUCUGCUUCCCACCUCAACAGCCUUUGAGGCUUUUCUCAGCUUUUGACCUGUCCCCCUAAGUAGACCGUGAAAUGAUUUAUUCCCAGCAUGGCAGAGUCUCAGCUUGUGAGGGCCAAGGUUGCCCAGCAGGGAGAAGAGGGCCGAGUCAAGGGCCGUGUCCUUUUCCUUACCUCUCCCUGCCAGGCCUCGCUGCAGAGCUGCUGAGAGGAUUAGUGCCUUUGAAGAGCUGUCUGAGCAGCUCUGUGCUUCAGGUGCCCCAGAGCAGCAAGCACCAGCGGGUAAUACCAACCAAAGGCUACUCUGUUUAGUCUUCCCGUUUUACUUUCUGCAAACUGUUUCCCAGCACCUCCCUCUAGGGGAGAGGUAGGAUCUUGCAAGCAGUGCUAAGAGCAUACUCUUUAAAACCUGUAACUUCCCUAUACUCCAGUCUCCUCCCCUUUCUGUGCCUGGAUACCUGGCACAAGAGACCCUUUGGGCAUCUUCCCUGCUCCCAGAAUCAAACAUAAAUGCCCGGCACUGCGAUUGAGAAGCCAAUCAAUGCACCCUUUGGCAAGUCCCCCUCACACACCUGGCACUCCCCACUACCAAUCCCUGGCACGGGGUUCCCAGAGAGCAGGUGCUGUACAUUUUCCAGCUUUACAAGGGGGCUGUUGACAGCCUUAAUUAGGGAGGCAUGAAUUAUGCGGCUAUAAUGCAGAGCCCUACAAUUAAGGCGGGAAUGAGGGGCUGGAGGCAGCAAAUGGAAUCUGCCCUGUGAGCAUGGUUGUUGAGUCCUGUCUCCUUUCUGGGUCUGACUUUCCCUACUAUGAUUGGGGUACAGCAGAGGUGAUUAAUGGGGCUGGUAUCUUUGGCCUGAGGUCCUGUAUUCUGGGAAAGGUACACAGUGGGGAGGGGUGAGGAGUGGCUGCCUCUAAGGGGUGGAAAGGAGAAGAGGCGGAGGGAUCGCUGCUGCUCAGGAACAGGGGCUGCAAAUAGUUGAUACGAACUCACAGUGAUUGCUUUCUACCGGUGUGAUUUGUACAAACCAGCUCAACCCUUGCCUCAAGAAAUUAGGUGAGACCUAUUUAAAUGUCUUCCCACCUGUGAGCCAACCCCCCCCCCAAGUUGAGGAUAUUUAUCGUGUUGCAUUCUCUCGGGUGUCAAAUAGAAUUUUUAAAAUUC